AUGAGGUGCGAAACGCGAGCUGUCGUUACUGGACUCUUUGUGUACCCCAUAAAGUCGUGUCGAGGUAUCGCCAUAGAGCAGAGCGCGCUCAGUCUUACGGGUUUGGCUUACGAUAGGCUCUACGUCAUCGGUCGCCCCGGGGUAGAGGACGGAGGCCGUACGGCGCGCUUCGUGUCUCAAAGACAAGAGCCGCAGCUAUGCCAGCUUGUUCCCGAGCUCGACCUCGAGAGCAGCACCUUGAGGGUGCGCUCGAAGGUAAGACCCGAGCUGGAGCCGCUGGAGCUGCCAUUGGAGGUGUCCAAGGAACGCACCGCCGACACUCAAGUGCGCAUCUGGAGCGACAUCGUACCCGCAAUCGACUUUGGCGGUGAAGACUGGUUCGCUGCUGCGCUGGACGAUCAACUGUCGUAUCCAGUUCAUAUCUACCGAAUGCCGGCGACGUUCGAGCGGACUGUUGACCCGGAGCGGGCGUUCCUGUCGCCGUCAUUCGACAGCGUGGUGGGCUUUGCCGACGCGUUUCCCGUAUUGCUAACCUCGAUGCAGUCGCUUGCGGAGUUAAACCGACGAAUAGCUUCUCAGUCUGGGGUGGCCCACCAAGUGCCCAUGAGUCGCUUCAGACCAAAUAUUGUCAUUGACGCGCUGCCGCUCAAUGAGGAACGAGUCUCAGCAGUGCAGCGCAGGUCUCUGGAGCCCUUCGAGGAGGACACCUGGAAACGAAUCCAAAUCGGAGAGCAGGUCACGCUUCUAGUCGCGAAGCCUUGCAGUCGUUGCCGAAUCACGACGACAGAUCAGGAUACCGGCCGGGUAGAUGAUGCAUUUCGGGAGCCGCUGCGCACCCUAGAAACUUUUCGCAAACAACCCCUUGGGCUGAUAUUUGGUCAGAAUUUGGCACCGGAAUACCCACGGCGAUCUGGACAGCUUCUUCGUGUCGGUGAUGUAGUGCAGGUGCUCGAGUGGCAGACCAACGAUUCUUCACCGUGGUGGUGGCAGCGGCUCUAUCGCGGUUUCUGGGGACGUGCGUCCCGCCCUGAGCGUCCAACGGCGUCGUAG